CAAGUUCAAAGUGAGCACGAGGAAAAAAGUAUUGAAUUGAAUUUUUGCUUUGCUGUCGUGUCGUGUCGCUAUCUUCGCUAUUCUUUUUCCACUAUCGUUGCCGUUGUCAUCGCCUUCGUCUUUCUUUUAUAGUGCAAAAGAAAACGCUGAAACACGGGAAAGGCGAAGAUAAAUUAAAAGUUUCCAUUAAUUCAGUGAAAAUUUUUAAUUUUAUUGUACAUUAUUUAUAAGAUUAAUACAAGUAAUUUUUUCUUACUUCUCACUCUACAAACCAAUAACUAGAAAAAUGUUUAUUUGGGAUUGGUUCACUGGUGUUUUAGGAUACUUGGGUCUAUGGAAAAAAUCCGGCAAACUGCUUUUCCUAGGCUUGGACAACGCUGGCAAAACCACGUUAUUGCACAUGCUCAAAGAUGAUAAGCUGGCACAACAUGUACCAACUCUCCAUCCCACGUCAGAAGAAUUGUCAAUUGGUAAUAUGCGCUUCACCACAUUCGAUUUGGGAGGUCACACUCAAGCACGCCGGGUUUGGAAGGACUAUUUUCCUGCGGUGGAUGCAAUUGUUUUUUUAAUAGAUGCUUGGGACCGUGGUCGCUUUCAGGAGAGUAAAAUCGAAUUAGACUCAUUGUUAACAGAUGAAGCGCUCUCGAACUGUCCCGUGUUAAUUUUGGGCAACAAAAUUGAUAAACCCGGUGCGGCAAGUGAAGACGAACUCCGAAAUGUGUUUGGUCUUUAUCAGCUGACAACAGGAAAGGGUAAAGUGCAACGUUCAGAGCUACCAGGACGUCCACUAGAGUUAUUCAUGUCUUCUGUACUGAAGCGGCAAGGCUAUGGCGAAGGUUUCCGUUGGCUUGCACAGUACAUCGAUUAAAAACAAUUUUUCCAUUUCAAAUUAAAGUCGGGUACGAGUUUUGUCAUCUUUAUAUUUACGGAAUUUUCGGCAAAUUAGUCAAUAAAAUUGGAAUUUCAAAUGAGGCAUACGCAAUAAAUACGCCAUAAUAUCUAUAUUUUAGUACUGGAAUUUGAGAAAUUCUUUCAAUCAGUAUCCUGCGGUUAAUUUAAAAGCAAAGCCCAGCCUCAGCGGAAACAGGGAACAAAAGUAUGAAACAAAAUAUAAAAACAUUUUUGCACAUCAAGGGUAGUAUAUGCAUACAUUGAUUUUAUUUUAAAGGAUAUUACGGCAGAUAUUCAAACACUUCAAUAUCAUUUCCAAACCUAAGUUAGUUGCGACUUGUCUAAUUUUUGUUUAAAAUUUCAAAAUAAACAAUUUUAUAAAAAU